AUGACAGCAUUUCUGUGUGAUAGCCCUCUCAUGACAGCAUUUCUGUGUGAUAGCCCUCUCAUGACAGAAUGUCUGCGUGAUAGCCCUCUCAUGACAGCAUUUCUGUGUGAUAGCCCUCUCAUGACAGCAUUUCUGUGUGAUAGCCCUCUCAUGACAGCAUUUCUGUGUGAUAGCCCUCUCAUGACAGCAUUUCUGUGUGAUAUCCCUCUCAUGACAGCAUUUCUGUGUUAUAUCCCUCUCAUGACAGAAUUUCUGUGUUAUAUCCCUCUCAUGACAGCAUUUCUGUGUGAUAGCCCUCUCAUGACAGCAUUCCUGUGUUAUAUCCCUCUCAUGACAGCAUUUCUGUGUGAUAUCCCUCUCAUGACAGCAUUUCUGUGUGAUAUCCCUCUCAUGACAGCAUUUCUGUGUGAUAUCCCUCUCAUGACAGCAUUCCUGUGCGAUAGCCCUCUUAUGACAGCAUUUCUGUGUGAUAGCCCUUUCAUGACAGCAUUUCUGUGUGAUAGCCCUCUCAUGACAGCAUUUCUGUGUGAUAGCCCUCUCAUGACAGCAUUUCUGUGUAAAAGCCCUCUCAUGACAGCAUUUCUGUGUAAAAGCCCUCUCAUGACAGAAUGUCUGCGUGAUAGCCCUCUCAUGACAGCAUUUCUGUGUGAUAGCCCUCUCAUGACAGCAUUUCUGUGUUAUAGCCCUCUCAUGACAGCAUUUCUGUGA